AUGAUUGCCUCUGCGCAUGCCGCGAGAAAGCCUCAGCCCACAACGACAAGCACGCCAGAGCAGUUUUCAGACAGGGCGCUGCAGGCACCGGAGGCAGGCACAGCAUCAAAUCACGGUCCGCUCCAUCUUCUAAAACUUGCUUUCCUGGGGCUCUUGUGGGGGCCAAAGCAGACAACGUUGUCCAUCUCUCUUCUGCUCUCGCCUGAGUGUUUUGGACACAACCUCAUGGCUUCGCUUAGCGGACCUGGUCCCCUUGCCGUGGCCACUCCGGCACUCCCACGCGCCCUUGAAAGGGCUUGUGGCAGCCGUUUCCAUCUAGUUCAGCCCGGAAGUCGACGUUCAAGCACGCACAUCCAUAUCCUGGAAAGACGUGAUGGUGAUGGGCACUUCGUUCAGCCUCGCACGAAACCAGAGGGCUUCCGUAAAGCACCUAGCACUGGCGAUAGAGUCAUCAAACUCACCCACGCUCAGCGCUGCUUAUACCCUGCCAGAGCCCUUGUCUGA